AUGUUGUUCCGCGCCCUCUCCGCGAUCCUCUUCCUGACGCUCAUUAUUGUCCUUAUUCCACUCACGUUCGAUGUGGGCGGACGCGACGCGGGUCUGGCUUUCUCCCUAUCGAUAUCCUCCUUCUACUUCAUCCUCUCACUCUUGCGCAUUUCGACGCCGGAUGGAUCCAGCUUCAGAAGGGCUGUCGUCAACAUCUUGCGCGGCCUACAAUUGCUGAUAUUGCCAAUACUAUGCAUCUGGGCUCUGGGAAGAUUCUCGGUCGACGCAGACAACAGUUCAGGCUGGGUCGAGAGGACGUUCAGAACAAGCAAAGACUUUCUCACUUCGAAACCAGACCUGUGGCAGUCCAUCGUCGGAAGAGAAGGUCUGGUCGAGAAUAUUACGCUUGGAAGCUGGGACAUUCUCCUGCGCUGGUCGUCGCCGAUUUUUCAGCUGCUCGAGGGUUUCUGCAGCCUACUAGUCAUUCAAGCCAUCGGCCAGUUCUCUCGAUGGCUGGUCAACCGGAGUGAAUGGAGCGACGCGUGGCUGCUCACUUUGCUGGUCACUUCCGCCGGAGUCGUCUCUAGUUCGGUCUAUUUCCUCUGGAGAGUGCUGCAAUUUCCCGAUAUCUCAAGCCUGGACUCCAUGCUCAUCGGCAUUACUAUUGCAUCGGCCAUGUUUCUCUGCGGAUACGGAGUUGUCUCGGGUCGCGGCACAGCCACCGAGUCGUCUUUGCUGUUUGCGUACAUUGUGCUCUGCAUAUACCAGAUCUUUACCGACUACAAGCCGAAUGUUUCCCCUGCAGAGGCGGCUAUGGCUACCGCAGCUCCCGACUUUCCGCCAUUUCCGCCCAUCAUCAUGUCUUCCUACACUGCGUUGAUGGCGGCUCUGUCGUCCCUUCCAGGUGCAUUAGUCAAUGCACUGGAUUUCAUUGCUGCAGCCUUCAGAGCAGUCACACCGUCCGUCCUGAUCUCCCUCGGAUAUCGACUAUUCGUGUUCUAUGCUUCAACCCGCAUCAUUCCUGCCAUCAAUGAAAGCGGUGCUCACGGACUCAGUAUGGAGCCAGCUCUUGAGGACAGCAAUGCUGGGAAUCAAUUCUUGGCGUUUCUCUCCUGGUUUUCGCCCAGCAUCCUCAUUGCGGUCUACACCAGCCUUCUCAUGCAGCACUUCGCAACCACCAUGGGCGGCUAUGCUCCAGGGCUGACCGAGACAAUCGGCGCCUGGUGGAGCGGCAAUGGCGAGCCAGCAAUGAACGGGAAUCUGUGGAAAUGGGUCAAUCUGGUCGGCACAAUGACACUCUAUGCCGUUGAGCUAUGGUUGGGAAAGGAGGAUGACAUCAAUGGCGAGCAUUGGAAAGUGGACUGA